ACACGGACAGCCAACGACUACGAGACGCGAGGUUGAAGACAAGUAAGUACUCCUACAUGCAACACCCAGACAGAGACUAGGGCAACGCACGCUAGCUCUCGAUCGAGCACCAUGCCGACCAAUCUCUCCUCCUCCUACUCCUCACUCUUCGAGCCACUCCUCGCCCUCUCCUCCCUCCUCCUCCGCCGCCUCUCCGCCGCCGUCCGCCACCACCGCGGCCGGAACACGCCGCCGGCAAGCAGCGACGUCCCUCCUCCUCCUCCUCCGUCGUCGUCGCCGCUCGAGCUCGACAGGCUGUACGGACGGACGGUGGUGGUGGACGUGGACGCGUGGCUGCUGCUGCCGGCCGUGGACGCGUUCACCUUCUUCAUGGUCGUCGCCGUCGAGGCCGGCGGGUUCCUCCGCGGCCUCCUGCUUCUGCUCGUCUACCCGCUUCUGUGCCUCCUCCUCGGCGACGGCGAUGGCGGCGGCGGCGCGAGGGCGAGGGCCAUGGCGACGGUGGCGCUGGUGGGGCUGGAGGAGAGGGAGGUGGCCAGGGUGGGCCGGGCGGUGAUGCCGAGGUUCCUCAUGGCGGCGGCGGCGGCGGAGGGCGCGGAGGCGGUGAGGGCGGCGCGGCGGUCGGUCGCCGUGAGCGCGACGCUCCCGCGGGUGAUGGUGGAGGCGUUCCUGCGGGAGCACGUCGGCGUGGACGCCGUCGUGGGGCCAGAGCUGAGGUCGGUCGCCGGCGUCGUCGCCGGGAUCAUGGAUGACGCCGACGCGGCCCGGGUGGCGGCGAGGAGGCUCCGGGCGCUGCUCGGCGACGAGAUGGAUCAGGGCGAGGCCGACGGUGCCGGCGCCGCCGUGGGGCUCGUCGGAGAGGGGAGGAGUGGUGGCACGGUGCACUACCUCUUCUCGCGUUACUACUGCAAGGAAACCUUCACUGCGACUGAGGCUGACAAGCGGCGGUGGCGGCCGCUGCCGCCGGGCGGCGAGUGCGGCGGCGUCAAGCCGCUCGUCUUCCACGACGGCCGCCUCGCCUUCCCGCCGACGCCGUCCGCCGCGCUCGCCAUGUACGCCUACCUCCCCUUCGGCGUCGCGCUCGCCGUGUCGCGCAUCAUCGCGCUGUCCCUCCUCCCCUACGGCCGCGCCACGUUCCUCGUCGGCGCGCUCACCGGCGUGCACUACCGCCUCGUCGGCGCCGGCCACGACGCCGCCGCCGGCGGCGGCGGGGGGAGGCUCUACGUGUGCAACCACCGCACGCUGCUCGACCCGAUCGUGGUGGCGGCGGCGCUGGGGAAGCCGGUGACCGCGGUGACGUACAGCCUGAGCCGGGUGUCGGAGAUGAUCGCGCCGAUCCGGACGGCGAGGCUGACGCGCGACCGGGAGGAGGAUCGCCGGAGCAUGGCGGCGCUGCUGGCGCGCGGCGACCUGGUGGUGUGCCCCGAGGGGACGACGUGCCGGGAGGGUUACCUGCUCCGGUUCAGCCCGCUGUUCGCCGAGCUCGGCGCCGACGUGAACCCCGUCGCGCUCGACGCCCGCGUCGACAUGUUCCACGGCACGUCGACGACGCCGGCGGCCAAGUGGAUGGACCCCUUCUACUUCAUGAUGAACCCGAAGCCGUCGUACCGCGUCGAGUUCCUGCCCCGCGCGGCGCCGGCGCCGGCGGCGGAGGACGGCGGCGACAGCAUCCGCGUCGCGAACCGGGUGCAGCGACAGAUCGGCGAGGCGCUCGGGUUCGAGCUCACCGGGAUGACCAGGAAGGACAAGUACAUGAUGCUCGCCGGCAACGAAGGCGUCGUGGCCGCCGCCGCGGCGGCGGCGGCGACCAUCAAAGCCAGUCGUUGAACAGGUGUUCGAUCCGGUCGUCGUCGCCGGCGAUGUAUCGCACAUGCAUACACUGCAAACUCAGUUACCAUAACAACAGCUAGGAAGAACUUGCUUCACACAGUUCUUAUGAUACUCAUAAUCGUGUAAUUAAAUAUAUAAACACGAAAAUAGUUUAUUAAAGACUUUAUA